AAGAUGGUAUAGAUUAUAAACAGAAAGGCUGGCAAAAAAAUAUAUUUAAAAAGCAAAAUCUUUUCACACCUCUGUUUCUGCCAAACAUUGCGGAACAAUCCUUUCUCUCCUAUCCUUUUCCGUCUAGUUGUUUCUUCUUCUUCUUCCUUUGCUUUUUUUCAUAAACUUCCGGCGACGCCAUGUCGUCGGGAGUUGCCAGCGACUGUGCAAACGGGAACCCAGUAUUAGGUUGUCCCUCCACUACAAGACGACGGGUCUCAGAUCUUCCAACAACACCGGAGUCCGACAGCAAUAACUCGUCUUCGUCUUCGGACCACCACGCCCUUGCCUAUAACGAUGAAGAGGCCGACAACCCCAACGGCUACAUUCCUUACUCCUGCGGGUCCCAUUUCUUGCAAUCCAUGAUAAGGAAUCUGCUGCUUCGCAGGAAGUUAUUGUCAUUAUUCUCUUGGGUCUCUGAUACGUGUCAUUGGGCGUUUGUUAUGGCUCACAGUUUAAGAUCCGGCAGGAACGCUGGCCGUAACAUCCUCUCAGCUCUGCUGUUGGUGGCGGUUGUUUUGUUUUUUCUCAAAGCCUCGCGUCUCAGUAAUCACGCCAAAUGGGGAAGAGAUAACGGCUUGUUGAUCUUGCAAACGUUCACAGAGGAUCGGACCUUGGCCCAACACAUUAUUGCCGAGACCAAUGUAGAAUCCCAAGCUGAACACUCCAUGCCUAAAGGCGUUAUUGAAAGGACCCCAGAAAUUUGGAGGAAACCAGACAGUGACAAUUAUCAUCAAUGUGUAUCCCGACCUAAGAAUCGGAUAAGGACAGGAUCAAAGACUAAUGGCUAUAUUAUCGUUCAUGCCAAUGGUGGACUAAAUCAAAUGAGAACGGGAAUUUGUGAUAUGGUUGCUGUUGCCAGGAUAAUGAAUGCCACUUUGGUUCUUCCUUCUCUUGAUCAUGAUUCAUUUUGGAAAGACCCAAGUGAUUUCAAGGAUAUUUUUGACUGGAAGCACUUCAUCAAUGUGCUGAAAGAUGACAUUGAGAUUGUUGAGCAUCUACCCCUUAGUUACAGAACAAUGAAGCCCUUUGUAAUGGCUCCUGUUUCCUGGUCACAGGCUAGUUACUACAGAAGGGAGGUGCUUCCGUUACUAAAGCGACAUAAGGUGAUCAAGUUCACUCACACUGAUUCGAGGCUCGCUGAUAAUGGCCUUGCAACCUCCAUUCAAAGGCUAAGGUGCCGUGCCAAUUAUGAGGCUCUCCGCUAUACGAAAGAGAUAGAGGAUCUUGGGCAGACUUUAGUUGACAGACUAAGGAAAAAUAAUGAGCCAUACAUUGCUUUACAUUUAAGGUAUGAGAAAGAUAUGCUUGCUUUCACGGGCUGCAUCCAUAACCUUACUGCUGAAGAAGGUGAUGAACUCACGGUAAUGAGAUACAAUGUCAAACAUUGGAAGGAGAAAGAGAUAGAUAGUGAAGAACGGCGAAGCCAAGGGGGAUGUCCAAUGACCCCUAGGGAAGCAGCCAUGUUUCUCAAGGCAAUGGGUUACCCUUCCACCACGCCUGUCUAUAUUGUUGCCGGAGAAAUUUAUGGCAGCAAUAGCAUGGCAACAUUACGUGCCGAGUAUCCAAAUAUCUUUUCUCAUUCUACUUUGGCAACUGAGGAAGAGUUGGAAUUGGUCAAGCCAUACCAGAAUCGCCUAGCUGCAUUGGAUUAUAUUGUGGCAUUUGAAAGCGAUGUCUUUGUUUAUACCUAUGAUGGGAAUAUGGCUAAAGCAACGCAGGGUCACCGAAGGUUUGAAGGAUUUCGAAAGACAAUCAACCCCGACAGACAAAAUUUUGUCAAACUCAUCGAUCAGCUGGAUGCGGGUGUAAUAUAUUGGGAAGAGUUUUCUUUGGAAGUAAAGAGUUUACAUUUCGACAGGCUUGGAGCGCCGUACCUAAGACAGCCGGGGGAGUCACCACGACUGGAGGAGAAUUUUUAUGCAAAUCCUCUUCCUGGAUGCAUCUGCAAAAGAUCCCAGGAAAAGCAAACUAGCAGCCUGAAGCUUGAGCGGACCUUGAGUUCAGUUCAAAGACGGUAUUUAAGAGACUUGCAGCAAUCACCUACUAGGCUGUGAAAUCUUGUGGUUUCCGAUUUCUCACUUGAAUUAUACGGUAGCGAUUUCAGUUUUUGUUAGAGGACCGAAACCAGCAACUUAGGUAAGCAGAGAAGAUGAUGUAUAAUUCUGGGGCAAAUCAGGCUACUUCUACAGGCACACGACCAUAUAUGUCACACUGGAAUCAUGAUAUUGAUUUAUUCGUUAUUCUUUCAAUAAUUUGAUUGUAGAAACAUAACAUUUGCCAAAUUAGUCUCUUACAUAACGGAGACUAGUUCUCGAUUUUCCCUAGCUGAUAUUCCAUUUUCAUACAAAAAUAAUGCUACAAUGCAAUGAAGCAGUCUAUCAGAUGAAUUCAGAAGUAGCAGUUGCCUUUCCAUAUUGAUUAUGCCGCAAUAUCAGGUUUAAAGUAAUGAAAAAGGGAAUUGAAAUCCGGCAAACAGCUGGAUAUACAAUCAUUUUUAGCUCAUAUUAUCCAGUAGUAUUAUUGGAGAGAGAAAAGGCUGAAGAACCAACGUUCAAAUGUUGAUGCAUCUUUUUCAUUCUCCUCCUAUGGGCCUAAGUUCCAAGGAAAUAGCUGUAAUUCAUUGCAUGCCGAAUGGCAGAAAGCUUGAAUUGACGUUUUCGUUGGCCUGCAUGAUUCUGUUUUUAUUAUAACCUGCAGUUUGUGCUUUUGUCA